GCAGACGGGAACCGGGAGACCAGAGUCAAGGCAUCGGUGAACAACUGGGCCAGAGAAAGGGCUCCUUUUAAGGAGGGGACCAUUUUGUGGGAGGAGGUCGGCAUUGGGGAAGUUGUUGAAGCCGUGGGCUAGCACAGCACCAGGAUAGUUCUGAGUGACGAGCACAUGGAAGGGGAUCCCCAAGAUCAAGAGGAGGAUUCUGAAGCCCAGAGGAGAGCCUCUUCCCCUCAGUCCUCUGUGCUAUGGGAGAAGUGUAUCCGGCAGAGUAUCUUUGUGGACCUGAGUGAGGAUGAGAGUCUCCACUUCAGUGACCUGGAGGGCUCCUUCACGGUGCAUCUCUCCCAGGCAGAGUCGGCUAUCUCAGGGAACAGCAUCCAUCUCAGUGAGAACUUAGAGCUGUCAGUGUCUGACUCUGGGGAGUCCUCCACAGAGAGCAGUAGCUGUGUCAGUGGCCAGAGUGAGAGAGUGGUGGAGGGUAAGACCAAGAGCAGUGGGAACUGGGUGUCUGCCCAGAGACCCAACACUGAGCAGGAGCAGACCAUCUGGGUGUAUGAGAACGCAGGAGACACCUCCGAUGAAGAACAGGAGGACCUUCCACAUGACGGGGACCUGGGGAGCCAGUACAUUAAGCCCUCAACCAAUGACAGUCACAAGUCUGAGGAGAAUUGCAAAAUAGCUGAUGUUCUAUCAAAAGACCAAGCUGGAGCAUUGCAUUCAAGACACAAUGUUAGAGAUCAUUUUGAUUUGCCAGCAAUGGUUGGAGAGGUCAAUAUCAUACAAGGUCACAUGCAAAUUGAAGUCAACACUAUGAACCAUGUAUCUAUAACUCCACCCGAGGGAGAGGGUAAAGGAGCUUUUUUUGACUCUACAAAACCAGAGGCAGUUUCCACAUGCAGUAGUCCUGUCUGUAAAGUCCCACACCCAGACAUCACCCAGCUGCUGCUCCGUCACUUUUCCCAGGAUGAGCUGUUCUGCUCAGGCAGUCUGAUCGAGGCAGAGACCCUGCCGGAGGUGUCCCUUCUGGAGAGCAUGGACGAGACAGUGCUGAGCAGGGGCCCAUUGCACAGGAGCACAGGGAGCCCCAAUAAUAAUAAUAGUGGAGGAGCCCCACGACGCAGCAGCACAGGGGGACCCAGCAGCGAGAGUGAGAGGAGUCAGAGCCUACAGGAAGAAGAUGAAGGGAAGAGUGUUCAAAUGAGUCCAAGAAAAAACCUGGAGGAGAAAAAUGGAAGAAGGACUGCCUCAGAGGGAAAGAACACACGGAGUGCUGAGUCUUACAGCAGUGACGUCAACUCUCCUCAAAAUAGUGGCAUAUCAACCAGUAAAAGGGAAGUCCCUGAACAGGACAGUAAUGGUAGCAAUGGUUCAGACCUAACCAAAGAGGAAGAUGAGAAUGAUGAAGAUGAGGAGGAAGACCAAAUCUGUAGAGGUCCCCUGGUCAGAACCAGGUCUUUCAGCGAAUUAAAGUAUGGACAGGGCCAAGUCCACUACCCACUCCCUGACUUCUCCAAGGUGGCUCCCAAAGUGAAAAUCCCGAAGAGUACCAGUGUUCCGGUGAGACCUGUCAGCCAGUCUCCCAGCUUCCUCAGAGCUCAGUCCUCGCCAGGCAUGCUGGGUAAGUCCUCUGCUUUGGAGGUGAUCCACAGAGUGAUGGAGGACUCUAUUCAGCCCUCAGAGAGACCCUACGUGUUUCGAGACCAGGACAAGCAGACAGAAACCUCCCCAGGACUGGUGCGUCAUCUACAGGCUGAAUACGAUAAACUAAUGACUAAGUAUGCAGAGGCUGAGAACCUCCUUGAUCAGAUGAGACUGGGGACAAAAAAUCAAGCGUCCUCUGACCUUACCCUGGAUUUUGACUGUGGUGACCAACAAGACCUUCCAGGUCCUGGUGGAAGCCAUUUUGGAUCUAUGCUCUUCCCCAACCCCCCAUCUCCUACAGGCAAGAUGCUAUCUCUGACAUCUGAUAUUAUGACGGGUCCUCUCUCUGUUACAAAUUACCUGGCCAAGAGCCACCGCUGCAUCGUUUCAGCUUUUGUUGUGUUUGCAGGACAAUUUACUGAUGGCCCAAACCAACAAAACCACUCUAAACAGCCUAGCACUUCUCCGACCCAGACUGACCAACAGAGUGAAGGGGAAAGGAUGACCAGGGAGUUGAGGGAUAUUAUCAGUCAGUUUUUGCAGAAGGUGGAUGAAUUCAAAACGUGUCUGACCACAAUGUCAAUUGCUAUUGAAGAGCAAGAAAUGGUGUUUAAAAGUAUGAUGGAUUCCCAGGACCAGCUGGAGAGGCGGUACAUCAGUAAGAAGGAGGAGCACAGAACUCUGGAGAUGCAGAACUACUUUGGCCUGGCCAGGAACACAGGCCAGUUCGACCCCGAAAGGCAGGUGGAGGGGGAGAUAUUCAGGAUAGGGAUGCAUCUAGAGGACAUUAAAGAGCUGAUUGACAGGAACGUGCGUGAGCAGCAGCUCUCCCCACCCCACUCAUCCUCCACACUCCUGUCACUGUGUGGGGGUCCCAGUCUCCCUGGUCUGCUCACCCCCUCACUUCCACCACCCAUGCAUGAGGGUCUCACAUUACAGAUUCCAGGCCCCUGUUUUUCCACUGGGGGUUAUGAGACAGUGGAGAGGGAGGAAGAAGAGGAGGAAGAGGCCAGUGAGGUCCAUGGACAUGAUGGUUUAGACCAGAGCUGUGAUCUCACACCUGCUGACCCCCAACUGAACAGCACAGGACACAGCAGUGUCAGUCUACGGCUCUCACAGGGCUCCCUGGAGACAGUGGACAUCACCAACACGGAGGAAGAGGAGGAGGAAGAAGAGGAGAGGAGCUGGACCUGCUCGGGCCUAUCUGAGCGGAUAGCUCGUGAUAGGGUUCUGCAGUAUUUGGCUCUCCAGAACCCGGGAUUUCAAGACAGACUUUGGACAACUGAAAGCCUGCAGCAGAGUCCCCUGAGCCCAGACUGUGACCUGGGAGGGAGUGUGAGUCUGGCUGUAGAGGUUUCCUGCUCCUCUUGUCUGAAGAGCCAGUCCCAGAGCAUCACAGACCACACUCUCACCACUUCCCAGAGAAUAGUGAGUCCAGAGACAGACAGUGGGUUAGGGAGCUCUGACUUGAGUCUCCAAGCCACAGGACUUCCUCAACCAAAACUCCAUACAGAAAGGCUCCAGUUCCAGCCUGAUGGGAAUUCCAAUCCUAUCAGUAUGAGUGACAGUGAAGGCUCCUGCACCAACCUGCAGACCACUAUGCAUCAGCCUGUACAGGUGGGAGAGAGGAGACCCAACCCGCAGAGAAAUGUCCAUUCAGCUGGGCUGACCGGAAAAGCGACACCUAGCCUGCAGUCUACUGUCCAUCUGACUAGGGAUGUUGGAGAGAGGAGACCCAGCCUACAGACACCUGCUGAGCUGCAGCUUUGCACCACUGCGGUGGACCACUGUGUGACCAGCACUACUCAGAGUGUACCUGCCAGACUGCAUGAGGGUGAAUCCCACACUACCAGUCAGCUCAGUCAUCACGGCCCUGACUGCCCAUUCAAAACCUCCCAUAGCAUCACCAUGGAUAUGCCACAGAGAGACUGCCACUCCCACACCUGUUCCUGUCACAGAGAGACUGCCACUCCCACACCUGUUCCUGUCACAGUAUUCAAAACCUCCCAUAGCAUCACCAUGGAUAUGCCACAGAGAGACUGCCACUCCCACACCUGUUCCUGUCACAGUUCGGCCAUCCAGGCCCUGCAGUCGGAGGUGUCCCAGCUGAAGAGAGACCUGAAGGAGGGUCUGGUCCAGCUGCCACACCUCUCCCAGAGGAUGGAUUACCUGACCUCCAGAUGCAGGCAGAACAGAGACAGAAGACCCAAGACCCGGCCCAGAACACACCACAAACCAGCAGGGAGCAGACAGAGUCUGAACAACACCAACUCCAAGAUAGAAGACUGGAUCUCCUCAGAUAUGGACCCCAGCAAGAGCAAAGGUACAGACGGUGUGGAGUCGGACCGGUCUGGGAUCAUGCUACCAUUCCACAGUACACCACUAGGUGGCAGGAGAGGGAGCAGCAAGCCCUACUCCUGCUCAGAUGGACCAGUGAAACCCCAGAGCAGAAAACACUUGAAUACAGCAUCAGAGGAGAACCGUUCUCUGGAGAAUCUCACCCAUCCCAGUCCUCCAGCACUCUGGCACUCAUACAAGAACUUCAGCUACAGAUCUCCACCACCACCAGGUGCCAUGGAGGAUGUCUACUCUAAGGGCAGGUAUCCUCUCUCCUCUCAGCCUCUACAGAAGCCUCUGUUGCAAGUCAACUAUGGCUCCUCCUGCAGUUUACCGGCAGGUUUCAAAGUGCGAGAGCAGCAGUCUGUCUCCCACCACCGGAGGCGCUCUACCCAGUCAGACUCAGCACUGCUGCCCAGCAACGUGUACUUUCAGCAGACCUCUCCCCCAGCUCUCAGCCCCCCCAGGACUGGGGUCAUAGCCAGCAGGCACAAAGCCAGCGGGGAUGAGGACAUCAACAGGACAUUGGACAGGGCUAUCGAGGCAGCCCGCAUUAUGAAGAGGACCACUGAUAGGAUGGCCAAGAGCCUGUCAGCUGACCUUGCCAAGGUUGAGCUGUACAGGAAGUUACACGGCCUUCACCCAUUGACAGGGAGGAACAAUACUGGCUCAUAACACUCUAAUUGACACACUGGAGAUACUGCUGCUACUAUAGGGCUGGUCCAGGAUUAGCUAACCAGUGAAUUCAGCAGGGAUUAUUUUGUAUACAGGUGAAGUCGGGAAGUUUACAUACACCUUAGCCAAAUACAUUUAAACUCAGUUUUUCACAAUUCCUGUCAUUUAGUCCUAGUAAAAAUUCCCUGUUUUAGGUCAGUUAGGAUCACCACUUUAUUUUAAGAAUGUGAAAUGUCAGAAUAAUAGUAGAGAGAAUUAUUUAUUUCAGCUUUUAUUUAUUUCAUCACAUUCCUAGUGGGUCAGAAGUUUACAUACACUCAAUUAGUAUUUGAUAGGAUUGCCAUUUAAAUUGUUUAACUUUGAUCAAACGUUGUGGGUAUCCUUCCACAAGCUUCCCACUAUAAGUUGGGUGAAUUUUGGCCCAUUCCUCCUGACAGAGCUGGUGUAACUGAGUCAGGUUUGAAGGCCUCCUUGCUCACACAUGCUUUUUCAGUUCUGCCCACACAUUUUCUAUAGGAUUGAGGUCAGGGCUUUGUGAUGGUCACUCCAAUGCCUUGACUUUGUUGUCCCUAAGCCAUUUUGACACAACUUUGGAAGUAUGCUUGGGGUCAUUGUCCAUUUGGAAGACCCAUUUGCGACCAAGCUUAACUUCCUGACUGAUGUUUUGAGAUGUUGCUUCAAUAUAUCCACAUAAUUUUCCGCCCUCAUGAUGCCAUCUAUUUUGUGAAGUGCACCAGUCCCUCCUGCAGCAAAGCACCCCCACAACAUGAUGCUGCCACCCCCGUGCUUCACAGUUAGGAUGGUGUUCUUCGGCUUGCAAGCCUCCCCCUUUUUCCUCCAAACAUAACGAUGGUCAUUAUGGCCAAACAGUUCUAUUUUUGUUUCAUCAGACCAGAGGACAUUUCUCCAGAAAGUACGAUCUUUGUCCCUAUGUGCAGUUGCAAACUGUAGUCUGGCUUUUUUAUGCUGGUUUUGGAGAAGUGGCUUCUUCCUUGCUGAGCGGCCUUUCAGGUUAUGUCGAUAUAGGACUCGUUUUACUGUGGAUAUAGAUACUUUUGUACCUGUUUCCUCCAGCAUCUUGACAAGGUCCUUUGCUGUUGUUCUUGGAUUGAAGUGCACUUUUCGCACCAAAGUACGUUCAUCUCUAGGAGACAGAACGCGUCUCCUUCCUGAGCGGUAUGAUGGCUGCGUGGUCCCAUGAUGUUUAUACUUGUGUACUAUUGUUUGUACAGAUGAACGUGGUACCUUCAGGCAUUUGGAAAUUGCUCCCAAAGAUGAACCAGACUUGUGGAGGUCUACUAUUUUUUUUCUGAGGUCUUGGCUGGUAUCUUUUGAUUUUCCCAUGAUGUCAAGCAAAGAGGCACUGAGCUUGAAGGUAGACCUUGAAAUACAUCCACAGGUACACCUCCAAUUGACUCAAAUGUUGUCAAUUAGCCUAUCAGAAGCUUCUAAAGCCAUGACAUCUUUUUCUGGAAUUUUCCAAGCUGUUUAAAGGCACAGUCAACUUAGUGUAUGUACACUUCUGACCCACUGGAAUUGUGAUACAGUGAAUUAUAAAUUAAAUAAUCUCUCUGUAAACAAUUGUUGGAAAAAUUAAUUGUGUCAUGCACAAAGUAGAUGUCCUAACCGUCUUUCCAAAACUAUAGUUAGUUAACAAGACAUUUGUGGAGUGUUUGAAAAAUGAGUUUUAGUGACUCCAACCUAAGUGUAUGUAAACUUCUGACUUCAACUGUAUAUUUUAAUAAUACUAUAACACUAACUCAUGGAUUAGCUCUGUGGCAACUUCCAACCCAAAGUUAAACACUAUUAAACCUUCAGUUUACAAUUAGAAAAACCUUUGAAUGUGUUUUUGGAAAAUGGAUGUAUUUGAGAAAUUUGACUGAAUCUGAUUAUUUAUUUUUGAAUUACAUUAUUUAUAACCA